AUUGUUUCAGUAAAGUUUAUCACAUAUUUAUCACCCCUUUGAGACAACAUAUAGAACACCCAACCAUGGACAGUACCGGCGAUCGAAUAGAAAAGCUGUACAAAAACUACGAAAUCUUGAGUGACGCCAAGGAUAAAAUCGGCGAGCACGAAACGGAAUAUAAGGAAAUAUUGGACGCAGUGAAAGGAUCAGCGAAGGAAAAACGGCUUGCGUCUCAGUUUAUUGGGAAAUUUUUCAAACACUUUCCCAGCUUGGCGGAACUUGCCAUCGAGAGUCAGCUGGAUCUGUGUGAGGAUGAGGAUACGCAGAUACGACGACAAGCUAUAAAGGAUUUGCCGCAGCUGUGCCGUGAUACGACCGAGCAUACGCCCAGAAUCGGUGACAUUUUGGCCCAAUUGCUCAUUACGGAAGAUUCGGCCGAGUUGCUGCAGGUACAUCAGUCGCUGCUAACGUUGGCAAAGUACGAUGCAGUCGGAACGUUGACUGGAAUUUUCAGCCAAAUCGUCGGUGGUGACGAGACGACACGUUUCCGCAGCUUUCAGUUUAUUAACAACAAAAUCAUGAAACUUGAGCCGCAAAUUUUGACGAAAGUGGUGGAAGAUUUUAUUAUUGCUGAAGUGAAGAAGAUAACACUGGACGUAAGCUCGGACGAGUUUCAUCUGUGCAUGUCCAUCCUGAACCAAACGAAGCUUAGCAAGACUUUGCCCGGGCAUGUGGAGCUGGUAACGCUGGCUGCCGAGCAAGCGGAUCUGGAAAGCGAUCCCGGACCGCUCGCAUCCGACGAUGAAACGGUCGAACGUUUCAUCCAAUGCUCGACGGAAGCGAUGCCGUACUUUUCGUCCCAGGUGGAAUCGACACAGUUCGUGAAGUUUAUGUGUGAAAAGUUUUUACGUCCCAACGUAUGGUGCUUGAUCGGUGCCGCUACGGAUGAUCAGCAGCAAACGCAGCAGCGUCUGCUGAAAGUGUUUGCCGAAAUGACUGCGUACUGCGGUACGCUGGAGAAGGCCGCCGAAAAAGUGGAAGCAAUUUACGAAGUUUUACUGGAAUAUAUGCCAUUGCCGCCGCUCGAUGCCGACUUAAAUGAGACACCGUCGUUCCAUUUUUCCCAUGCCGAAUGUUUGCUGUAUGCACUGCACACCGUGGGCAAGCAAGCUGCCGAGUUUCUAACGUUCCCGGACAAUCCAGCAAAGUUGAAAGAUUUCCGUUCCCGGCUACAGUAUUUGGCUCGUGGUACACAGGGAUACAUCAAGAAGCUGCAGGAAGCGGUCAAGGGUAAAACUGCAGAGGAAAUGAAAACGGAAGAGAAUCAAAUUAAAGUAACCGCACUAAAGACCACUUCCAACAUCAGUACGCUGAUUCGUGACCUGUUCCAUUCGCCACCAAGCUUCAAGUCCGUCGUACAGCUGUCCUGGGUUGUACCGAAGGGCAAGAAAGCGCAACAGCAGCAACAGCGACAGGAACAGAAGCAAGAAGAGGGGGCGAAAACCGGCCCCAACAAACGUCACGCACCGAUCACGUUCGAUGGCAAUGGCAAAUCGGCCGGAGGAGGUGGUGACACGAAAGGACCCAAGCAGGGUAAACCAAGCCCAGGUUCACAGAAAAUGUAUACACCACCGUCGGGUAAAUAUUCUGGCAAGCUGCACCGAAAUGGUAGCGGCGGUGGCGGCGGCGGCGGUGGCCGCCGACCGAGCGGUGGUGGUGGUGGCGGCGGUGGCAAUUUCCGUCGUGGCAGUUUCGGUGGAAGUGGUGGACGCAAUAGUGGAGGAAAAAGGAAGUAUUAA